GAAACUCCCUUGUGAGCUGGUUGUGGCCAUGAUCAACAGUGUCUACAACAGCCAGAACCGUGAGAAUAUCUUGACAGUGGAGCACCUCAGCGCCCAGGAUGCGGAUAGCAAAGGUGAUGAUCAACCUGCAUCAGAAAAACCAGUUGAUGACCCACCCAACACAGAUGCCUUUGACCCCGCGAAUCCACCUGACAAUUUGAGAGACAUCCUCACCAAACUUGAGGACGUUCAAUCCUAUAUCACUUGCUGCAGAGAACAUCCAUCAUUCAAGGAUUACUUGGAUGUGUUGAGGAAUGAAGAAGACCUGAUUGAGGGUUGUGAGUGGUCAUUUGGUGAUGAUGACAAGUCUGACCCACUUGAAGAUGUGAUCCACUUUGUGACGUGGCUGAACCAGAAGUUGCCUGACCAGGGACCAGAGUCAAGUGAGUCAGGUGGUACCAAACGUCCACGGAAAGCAGCUGAAUGGGGUCCACCCAAAAAGGAGAUAAACUUUGAGUUGGACCCAAAAGACAUUCGAACCAUGCUGCUUGCCGAUUUGCAACAAGAUGAUCCAGAAUAUGACCUUCGUGCAGAAGUGGCAAAGAUCAAGAACCAUCCUUCCUUUCCUGGCUACACCAGCUGGUGUGUAAAGGGCUUGGACUAUGAGGAGGACUUUGAAUUCGGUGGAGAGCAUCAGGAGCUUGAAGAUAUCGUACAUUUCCUCACAUGGCUCCAGUCUGCCAUUCGACGAUUACCAAAACAAGCUCAGCAGCAGAGUCAGCAGAUGCAUGUGGACCAGAUCGCUACACACCAACCUUCUCAGUUGGAGAAGGGCGUAGCCGUUUCAACCGUCGAUGGGACACCCCGGCACACUGCAGGACAUGACUCUGAACCAAUGAAGAUUGAUGCAAGUACCAAGGAGACACCCAGUGAUACUGUCCCGCCACAUGACCCUCAGCAGCCACAGGUGUGCACAAAGAUGGACAUGAUAGAUUCAACAGAACCACCGAAGCAAGCACGUGCAGAACAUGAAUGUGCCAGCACAAAGGCAAAGUCACAGACUGUUCAGCAGCAACAGCAGCCUAACGUUGAGGGGAGUGGGGAGACCGGCAUGAACGAUUCAACCACCAAGGACGCGUCGGUACCCGGGCACACUGCAGAGCCUCACAGUGUGCGAAUGAUGGGUGAAUCUGUUGCCAUGCAGACAGCCAGUGAAGUCACUGAAAUUACCAAUGCACAGCAAUCUCAGCAGAACCAGGAACAACACCAGGGACAUGCAGCUUCAGCACCAGAACCACCUAAACCUGAACAAGAACUUGAACAGGUACCGGAGCCUCCAAAAGCGACACUACUGGAGGACGGGGAACUCCCACACACAGACUACAAGACAGAACCAGCAAAGACUUUGGAGCAGCGGCUACAGCCAAAUCAGAACAUUCCAGAGGACAUGGAGGUGACUAGAACACCCAAGCAGCCCGAAGAGCAUCCAUCUGUGCCAAUGAAGGUUGAUAAUGAUGACAUGGACACAGCGAGUGGAGUCAUUCAAGAGCAUGACCAAGCACAGCACCAACAGAGCGACACACACAUGGACACCACGUCGAUUGCAGAGCAUGAAUCUCGUUCAAUGGAGAUUGAACAUGUCAAUGGUGCCAGUGCCAGCAUUUCCAAGCCACAGCAUGAGCAGUCAAAUGCAGCACUCACUUCACCAGUUGACCCUGCCACUGCCAAGAGUGGUACCGAUCCACCAGGUGGGAAUCACACUGCCACAGCAGUGGUCAUGGCAUCACCACCGUCUUCACCAUUACCACUACAAUCGCCAUCCAGAAAACAUGACAAGCACAAGCACAAGAAAGAUAAAAAGGAGAAGAAAUCAAAGAAAGAUGACGAUGAGAAGAAGAAACACAAGAAAGACAAGCAUCGGAAGAACAACCAUGAUAAUGAAUCAGAUGCGAAUGAUCAGGCGAGCAGCCACCAACACAAGAAAAUGAAGUUGGAUGGCAAAAGUACUCCAACCCAGAAGCCAGCAGCAAAGGCAGCACCAAAGGCAAAGACCUUGGCUGUCAUGAAGGCAUUGGCCAAAGCCAAGACAUAUGCAAAGGCCAAGGCUUCACCUAAGACGAAAGCCAAGGCAAAGUCAAGGUCCAAGAAGGGAGCUGUGGAAGAGGACUCUUGGUUUUCAUACCAGCAACACAAUGACUGA